AUGCGCGUCAAACGAGUGCAUGUACUGACCCCGACGGGCUCUCCCCUCCCUUCCCUCCCUACAGGCAUCUGGUCCCCAGCCGCCUACGAUGCACUCCUGCUCGAAAAGAUAAAAAUGAUGCUGUAAGAACACACUGACCGCAUUCACUGCACUGCACAAUCCCUCGCACAGUCCCCGCGUGCCGUCCCACCUGAUCACUGACGUCUAGCCUCCAACUGACGAACAGCUCGUCGCACCUCAACUCACCCAAACACGCUACCAUUCGUACGACCUACGAACAGUUCGUCCUCGACCUCGACGUCCAGGACGAAGGCAGCAAGAACGCCGUAAAGUCACUCAUCCGCGUUAGCCACGUCCCGCGCCAAAUCCUCCACCUCUUCCCGCCCACCACUGACCUGAUCCAAUCACCCCAUCACAGGAAACCGUCGUGAGGAGAAGGUUGUUACCCCAUAGUCAACCGAGCCAUCCUCCGACCGUCGCCGAACCAGCCCUGACAUCCGAUCCUCGAUCCGGCUUACUCUUUGGUUCGAGCGCUCGGACCUCUGCUGCGGCAUCAACUUCGAAUGAACCGGCUCUUCAGUUGGAGGCUGCUUCGAGAGCAGCUUCGAACGCGUGGACUACCACCUCCGCUAGUAGUGGUCGAGAAACGAGGAUCCAUGCCCCCUCUGGUCCUAUCAUCAGCAUUGCACCUCGUCGAUCGACGACGGGUGCAGAGGCAGCGACGUUGUCGACGACUCGCGUACCUCGUUCUGCCCGAUCGAACGAUGCCACCGACUUGCAGACGACUUUGAACGACGAUCCACGCUUGUCUUGGCAGCAGUUUUUGUCCGAGAGUACGGGCGGCGAUCAAUCGGCGUUCGAAACCACCUUGGGCUCGUCCUUUUUCAUCCCUAAUCAAGUGCCGACCCCAUCAACGAGGGAGAAUGACGGGCUUCCUAGACCAGGAGGUCACAACCACCACAACAACGACAACGGUGCCGCCAGUCCACCUUCCACAAGACCGACCCUUCGGACGAUCGUCUCGCUCCGACCUCGACCUCCCCCACCGCUCUCGCUCCAACCUCGAGCUCCCCCACCGCCUCGUGUAGCGACCCUUCGACCACCCCCAACGGCCGAACAAAUCUGGUCCACGCUCUUCGAUGACGUUCCCUUCCCCCUCGACGACCUCGUCCACAUCCCCUUCGAAGUCUUUCUCCUCUCCUUGAACGAAGUGAUGAACCCUCCGAUCGCGCACGCGACGACCUUCUCGAACUUAUGCGAUGAAUUACAAUGUCGUGAUCCGGGCUUCAAUACGCGCUUGAGGAGGAUCCAAAGAGGGGAAAGCGCUUCGAGGUUGUUGUAUCAAUUGAGGAAUGUGGCGAAUUCGGAGGGAGGGGGAAUGGAGGGGCGUGUUUCGGUUGAGGAAGCGACGAGAGAGGAUAGGGAACGGGAGAGGGGGAGGGGUGGAGAAGGGAGGGAGAGGGAGAGGGGUGCUGCGGAGGAGGCUGAAGCGGACACGAGCGCGAGGGCUGAUGACGCGAGGGAGAAUGUGAGGAGGUUCAUGAGGGAGACGGCGGGGAAUGACGAUGAGGACGAAGAGGAUGAGGAAGGGGAAGAUAAUACACUGAGGACUGGCCCGUUCUUUGAUCCGGACUUCAACUACGAUCAAGACAUGUCUGAUUCACUGGACGCAGAAGAGGAAGAGCAAGUGGCGAAUGCGGAAGAGAACUUCAGGGAAUAUUCGAGUCGGUUGAGGAGCUUGUGGAGGAGUGGGGCGUACGAGUGGGUUCAAGAGGUAUUGAGGGUCGAGGAGGCGGGGACUUCGAAUACGGGUACGGAAGAUUCGACACCUGUUUUGGAAGCGACGACGACGGCGGCAACGUCGACUAAUGUUUCGCCACCACCGAUGGUAGCGACGACGAGGGAGUCGGAGUGCCCGCCUGAAGGAUCGAGUCCCAGAAGAUCGACCUUGUCGACGUCCAUGCCGACGCCGAGGAGCUCAGCAGAGAUUGCAGAAGCCGCACAAAGAGCAAAUCGCAGGAUACGGCCCAUCCCCUCCCGACCUCAAGCUAUCCCUACUUUAUCCUCCUACUUGGACACGACGACAACGAGGAGGCCUACACCACCUGCGACGGAUGCGAAUACCAGUGGUCCUGCGACGAUGGGUGCGUUGAGGAGACGUUUGAGGCUGGACGGAGGGCCCGAGUUGGAAGGGGAUGGUAUGGGCGGCACGAGGUGGACUUGGAGUGAUCGGGGUCGUAGGGAGGAAGGGCGUGGGGAGGGAGCCGAUGUGUAUCCCCGUUUUAGUACGAGGAUGGUGACGAUGACGGAGUCGGGGACGGGGAAUGGGAGGAAUGAUGAUGACGCGGGGGAGGAUGUAUAUGAAGGCUCGAGGGUGUUCCAUUUGUGA